AUGGGAGUGAUAGCGGAAACGGAUGUCGACUACGGCAGGAAUUUUGGGCCAUUUCCGGCGGUCGGCCAUAUUCCGCCGACGCACUUUAUUGGUUAUCUGACGUCUGACGAGAAGAGAGUUACCUGCGAUUAUAAGGUGGAUCUGAACGUAUGUAACCUGGGCAACAUGUGGAUGGCGUACGCACAGCCGGCAAGAACGGUGGACGAACAGAACACAGAGGCGUACAUGAAGGACGGACAUAUAUUCUACAGAACACUCCGGAUAAUUCGUGCAAAUGAAGAAAUCCUCGUAUGGUACAGUAAAGACUUGGCCCUGAUCCUGGGCAUCAAUUUUAACAUGCACCAGCAAAAACCAGAUGGGGAAACACUCCAGUGUCCUGACUGUGGAGAAAAAUUCCGCUUUAUGUAUUCGCUAAUGGCCCAUAUCAGGUUCCGGUGUACGUGUUCCACGGGUUUGUACUCCAUCAGUCCUCAAUCAAAGACGAAGACCCCAGUCAGAAUCAGCAGGGCGAGUCACUUGGGUCAGGAAGGCGUUAGACAAAAGGUUACAGAAAAUGUUAAUGUAAAUCGCAGUGCUAAGCGUAAACUGGAUUUGGAAGAAUCCUUUGAUAAAGAUAAUAAUGAGCUUAGUAUAAAUGUUACGUCAUUCGAAAGUUUCGAAGAAAACAAUAAUAUUUCCAUCAAGCAGCAAGAAUCACCGGUUUCAAAAGAUCGAAGUUUUUCAGUGGAUAUUGGUAGUGCAUUCAGGAAAGUUGAAAAGCAGUCGGUUUCUGGAACCUCAUCUGUAGACGAAAGGAGCAAAACUAGAGCUGUCAUUAAUGUAAACUACGAUGAUUUUGAGACGGAAAUGCGAAAAGGCCAAGAGCACCUUGUAAAACACUUGUAUAGCAAAACGUUUAUUCCACCGAAUUCAAUUGCAGGGCGAUUCAUUGGUGGACUAGGAAUGAUGACAAACUGGCUGGUACCUAAAUCAUCAAAUGUUCAGUCCUACCUCGAUCCCAGGUUAUUCGAAGAAGAAAUGCACAUGUUCUCUGUUUACAAACCAGAACUAUUUCAAAGGUUUCCAACCCAAAUGCAACCCAUAAGACCAAACCAUAUACACAUUUUUCCAAAUGGCGAAAUGCAUAGCAAACAGGUUCUCAUGGACAAGUUACGGAAGUUGCAGCUUCCGAGCGUCCAGACGACCAACCCAAUGGUUGAAAAACUGCUGCAGACGACAACUACACCGGCCAUGCUGCAGCGGCCAAUCCAACAGCUGAAUCUAGCACAGAACUGGUGUGCAAAGUGCAACGCGACGUUCCGAAUGACGAGCGACCUUGUGUAUCACAUGCGUUCCCAUCACAAGCGCGAGUUCGACCCUAUUAAGAGAAAACGCGAGGAGAAACUGCAAUGUGACGUUUGUAAAGAGACAUUCAAAGAACGCCACCACCUUACGCGUCAUAUGACGUCACAUUCGUGA